AGAAGCUGCUCAUAUCAAACAGUUGCCGCCAGAUGUCAAAUACCUCUGGUAGAGAAGAAGCAGUGGUUGUAACAGAUGAUGGGAGCACCAUUGUUUGCUGGCAUCCUGAACCAAAGGUUCCUUAUCAUAUGACUAAGCCACUUCCAGAAAUAGCUGAGGAGUCCGACUCCGUAUUGAAAGUUCAAAACAAAAAAGAGUUGAAGCAGUUGUUCAGACGACAGCAUCCUUUCUUCAUCAACAAGGAACUUCGAGAACUCACUUUCACUACUAAACACCCAUGGUAUCCCAGACCUGGGAAACGAUUUGCUAAAAAGCAGCCACCAAGAGAUAGGGAAUACUUGUAAGAAAGGAAACUUAAAACUUUCUGGUAUUUUGUACAUACUUUAUGUAAUAAAAUCUUUUGAGUAAUGUA